UAAAAAAUCAUCUUUUCAAUAUCUUCAGUUCUGUCUAAAUUCACAAAAUUCAAAAACAGUUUUUUUUUUUCAAAAUUCAAGCGUUCUAAAUUUAAAAAAAAUGAACUUAGUUAACGAUCAUAAAGAAAGAAUCCGCCGGAUAAUGCAACAGAUAGAAAACGAACUAUCGAAUGUAAAGAAAAUUGCUCCUAAGCAAAUUUAUACCAGUGUUAUUAACACCUCAAGCAAGAACAGUAGUUCCAAGUCAAAUGAGUCCCAGGCCAGCAAUGACAAGGAAACCCAAUUAAAUAACGCCUACAAACAACGUGCACUCAAAGCCUAUAAGCAAAAUAAAAUCUUCACAGUUUAUGGAAAUUAUUACACCGUUCGAAACGCCCUCAUUAGACGAGGUUGGAUUGAAAAGCUUUCCCCUGGGAGAUUUCCAAAACUUGAGAGACUCUCAUUGAUUCGUCUAUUGAAAGGUGCUCGAAAGGGCAAUAAUUUCGAAACCGUGGUACUCUCAAAAAUUGUCCAGCCCUAUCAGGCAAAUUUCAUCUGGCAACCGAAAUAUCUCAAAGAUCAAUACUCAUCGGGGAAUCCAUAUAGGAACAGAGUUCGUCGGGCGAGAUGUUUGGACUUUUCAACCAAGGUAGGACUUAUUGGAUGCUUUGAGAAUUCUCAAUGGCACACAAUUGAGAAUAUAGCUGAAACAACCUGCAUACCGUCUUAUAAGCUUAACAACAAGGACGAAGAAUUGCAUUUUAAACAAGACUUUCAAAUAAGCCAGUGCAUUGGUGUGUUGGUUUAUUUGCUAGAAUCUGAAAAAGAAGGUCAAUUGUUUAACCAAUAUGGAAUAAUUCCCAUGAGUUUUCUUGAGAUAACAAUUGAAAUGUUGGAAAACUAUUGUAAGAAACAGAAGGAAGACUUUGUAGAAGCCCCAUCACCUGAACAGCAAAAUGAUUUUAGCAAAUGGGAAGUCUUUACGGCCAAUACUGAACUCUUGCUAAGAAAAAAUCAACACAUAAUUUUUGGCUCCGAAGAAGAGUGUUCAAAAAUAUUGACAAGAAUUCGGGAAGUACUGGAAAAAGUCCAACAGUAUAAACCGUUUUUGAAUUCAUAUGGCUACAGAAAUCUGUGGAUUCUCAAACCGGGCUUCCAAUGCCGUGGUCAGGGAAUUUUGAUCAUGAGCAAUUUCUACAACAUAAUCAACUAUGCUGCAUCUAGACCAAAAUCAAAUUAUAUCGUUCAGAAGUAUAUCGAAAAGCCUUUACUCAUUUACAAAACUAAGUUCGAUAUUCGUCAGUACAUGGUUGUGGCAAUCUUCGACGACAUCUCUAUUUGGAUGUACAAAGAUUGUUAUCUACGUUUUAGUUCGAGGGAAUUCAGCUUAUCUGACUUGAGAGAGGCUAUUCACAUUACAAAUAAUAGUAUUCAGAAAAAGUACAAAAAUGGAGAACGUGAUGUCAGGCUUCCAAAGCAUAACAUGUGGCAUUUGUCUGAAUUCAAGUCUUAUCUUUCCGAUCAGAAUAAAAGUGGAGCUUGGAACAAUAAAAUAUAUACUGGAUUUAAGAAAAACCUCAUUUCUAUUGUCCUUGCAAGUCUGGAAGAAACCGAUCUCACAAAGAACUCUUUCGAAUUGUAUGGAUGUGAUUUUAUGCUAGACGAAAGUCUAAAUCCCUUUUUGAUUGAAAUCAAUUCCACGCCAGAUUUAUCUGCCUCAACUGCUGUCACAGCGAAAAUAUGCCCAACUGCUCUUGAAGAUCUUAUGAAAGUAGUUCUUGACUAUCCAAAUAACCCGAAGGCUUCAACAGGCAACUUUGAGCUUGUUUAUCGGAUUCAAUGUUCACAUAACUGUCAGAGUGCUUGCGAUUUGGUUGCCAUUGGUACGGCAAAAAUAUUACACCAUCCUCCUAAGAUUUUGAGUAAAAAAUCAAAGGUCAAGAAAUUCUUUCGAAGAAAAGUUUUACGAAAACGAAGUGAGAAUUUAAAAGCCCCAUCAAAAUAAGCUGAAUUUGAAUUAAUUAAGUUUUUGAAAAUAAAAGUUAGUUAUCCAUUUUUUUUU